AUGCUGUCGCCCGCUCGCCUGGCGGCCCGCCUGGGCUUGAGCAAAGCAGCACCUCUGCGAGGUGCUCUCAGAGCUGGCUAUGCCUCCGUCUCCGAUCCUCCUCUCGAUAAGAAGGUCGAGAUGACGAUACACGAGAAAGGCCAUUAUAUCAACUACAAGAAGAUGUCCGAGAACCUGUCUGUCGUUCGAUCCCGACUGAACCGUCCGCUCACAUACGCCGAGAAAAUUCUCUAUGGCCACCUUGACAACCCGCAUGAACAAGAUAUCGAACGUGGUGUUUCGUACUUGAAGUUGCGACCUGAUCGAGUAGCCUGCCAGGAUGCCACUGCUCAGAUGGCUAUUCUGCAGUUCAUGUCGGCCGGCAUGCCCUCAGUUGCGACGCCCACUACCGUGCAUUGUGACCACUUGAUCGAGGCACAGAUCGGUGGCGAGAAGGAUCUGUCAAGAGCUAUCGAUAUCAACAAGGAGGUCUACGAUUUUCUGUCAAGUGCCUGCGCGAAGUACAACAUUGGCUUCUGGAAGCCAGGCUCUGGAAUUAUUCACCAGGUCGUUAUCGAGAACUACGCCUUCCCCGGUGGUCUCAUGAUUGGCACUGACUCUCACACACCCAAUGCUGGAGGUCUUGGCAUGAUUGCUGUUGGUGUCGGUGGAGCCGAUGCUGUGGACGUUAUGGCGAAUCUGCCUUGGGAGCUCAAAGCACCGAAGAUUAUUGGUGUCAAAUUGACUGGCGAGAUGUCUGGCUGGACUGCACCGAAAGAUAUCAUUCUCAAGGUUGCUGGUGAGCUCACUGUCAAGGGUGGAACCGGAGCAAUUGUCGAAUACUAUGGUCCCGGCGUGAACACUCUAUCUUGCACGGGUAUGGGCACAAUCUGCAACAUGGGAGCCGAGAUCGGCGCGACAACGUCUAUCUUCCCCUUCAACGACCGCAUGUACGAUUACUUGGCAGCGACAAAGCGCAAGGAAAUCGGAGACUUCGCUCGAAGCUAUGGUCACGAACUCAAGGAGGACCAGGGCGCCGAAUAUGACCAGCAUCUCGAGAUCAAUCUUUCUGAACUCGAGCCACAUAUCAACGGCCCUUUCACUCCGGAUCUCGCAACGCCAAUCUCCAAAUUCAAGGACGCAGUGGCUGAGAACAACUGGCCUCAAGAGUUGAAGGUUGGCUUGAUCGGGUCGUGCACCAACAGCUCAUACGAGGACAUGUCACGUGCGGCUUCCAUCGCACAGGAUGCUAUGGACCAUGGUGUCAAGGCAAAGUCGCUGUUCACCGUCACUCCCGGUUCAGAACAAAUCCGAGCCACCAUCGAACGUGAUGGUCAGCUCAAGACUCUUGAGGAGUUCGGUGGCAUCAUUCUUGCAAACGCGUGUGGCCCUUGCAUUGGACAAUGGGAUCGCAAGGACGUCAAGAAGGGAGAAGCCAACUCGAUCCUGAGCUCCUACAACCGCAACUUUACUGGUCGAAACGAUGCAAACCCAGCAACUCACUCGUUCGUGACGUCACCUGACCUCGUUGUGGCACUCACUAUCGCUGGCGACCUGAACUUCAACCCUCUUACCGAUACUCUCAAGGACAAGGAUGGCAAGGAGUUCAAGCUUAAGCCACCAACCGGCGACGGUCUCCCAUCUCGUGGCUACGAUCCCGGCCGCAACACAUAUCAAGCUCCUCCUGAAGACCGAUCAUCUGUUCAAGUUCAGGUUUCGCCGUCAUCCGAUCGACUACAGGUCCUCAACGGCUUCCAAGCAUGGGACGGUAAGGAUUUGACUGAUAUGCCUAUCCUCAUCAAGGCAAAGGGCAAGACUACAACCGAUCACAUCUCGAUGGCUGGACCUUGGCUCAAGUACCGUGGUCAUCUCGACAACAUCUCGAAUAACAUGUUGAUUGGCGCAAUCAAUGCGGAGAACGGUGAGGCCAAUAAAGUGAAGAAUGCUUUCACCGGCGAAUACGAUGCCGUCCCAGCCACUGCCCGCGCUUACAAGAAGGACGGCAUCAAGUGGGUGGUCAUCGGUGACUCCAACUACGGCGAGGGCAGCUCUCGUGAGCACGCCGCUCUUGAGCCUCGUCACCUUGGUGGCUCAGCAAUUGUUGUCCGAAGCUUUGCUCGUAUCCACGAGACCAACCUCAAGAAGCAGGGUAUGCUUCCGCUCACGUUCGCCAACCCUGCCGACUACGAUAAGAUCAAUCCUGACGAUAAAGUUGACAUUCUCGCCACGAAGCUCGCAGUCGGCAAGCCCGUCACCAUGAAGGUUCACCCCAAGAGCGGUGAGGCAUGGGACUGCGAACUUCAGCACACUUUCAACGAGGGACAGAUCAAGUGGUUCAAGGAUGGCAGCGCUCUCAACACGAUGGCUAAGUCUUCGUAA